GAUGUAGAAAAAAAUCAACCAAUACCAUUUUACGAAGAAUCUAAGUAAACUUUUGUGAAAAAAUAGAAACUAGUAUGGGGGGAAUAUUAUUCAUGUGCUUUACAAACAGGAUUGGCCAAUAACCGAGCCUAUUAUCUUCAAAUUAUGCCUGUCUCAUAGGUCAUCAUUCAGUAUAUAUAUACGAAUGAUUUGAACGAAACAUAAGUUGCAAUACUAACUUGUUCAAGUUACUUCUGUAAAAUCAAAACUUCAGAACCAAGUACAGAUCCAUCAUGCCCGUACAAAUAUUCAUUCUCUUAAUUAUGCUGUACACCGUUCUCAGUGUGCCAACACCGUACUUUUCACAACCGUCAUCUUCCUCGGUAUCAGCAUCAUCCUCGUCAGUUACAGAUACACAACAUGGUCAAAACAGUCAAGCCAAUCAACAAAAAUAUGUAAUCAAGACAAUUACCAGUGUACCACUUUAUCGAAUUGUUAGCUACUUUACAAAUCGCACAGAAGAAACUGAGACAAAAGUGCACGACUUGGGUAUUCCUCAUACUAUGUAUUAUACACAUAUCUACUUCGCAUGGAAGUCUGCAGAUCAAUUAAUGUCAUCAAUAACUUUGGAAGCUGGUAGUCCUAAUAGUACACUGAAUGGUGCAAAUUUAGUUUUAUCAACACCUAAACUUGGUGACAUGUAUGCUCCAGGCCUGAUAACAAAUGUUCUUGAUUUUGUUACAAAAUGUUAUGAUUGGGCUAAGCCAACAGGUUUAUCAAUUCCAAUAAGUACUGCAUUCGUAUCAACGCUAAGAGUUGCGGCAUCCGAUGAAGUGAACCAAGCAUUGAUUAAAUAUACAGCAGAACAAUUCUUGAGAGCAACAGUUUCUGGAUCUUAUCACUUUGUUUGGGAAAAAGAUUCACAAAUGAAAGAAUUCAUGACAAAACUAGGCUAUGAACAGGUUGCAUGUGGAGGCAAUGAACAAUCCCCUUCUCCGUGUGAUUGGGUUUCAAUGGGUUUAACAUCUGAGAAAGCAAAGGAGCAAUGUAUCUAUCGACUAAUUAAUACAAAAUCAAGUCAAGACGGUUUGCAGAUUAGAUAAAUAAACAGUAUUCAUCAUUUUUAUCUUAUCGUAUUUAAAAGAUACCUAAAUUGGACAAAAAACACUCCACGACUUGAGGUUAGCAAAUACCGUAGAGACUACACAAAAAAGAACAUUUCACUGAAAUCCUAAUAAAGACUAAGAUAAUCCACCUACAUAUUCAGAUUUUGUUUUUUGUUUAUUCUGAGAAAUAACUCUGUUUCCCAGUGUUUUCUUGAUUUUUUUAAAAUGCAUUUUUAAGUGUUCAGCAAUAUUGUAUUUUAUCUAUAUUUUUAAGAGUUAAACAAGUACUGAAGUCUUGUUCAUCAUGGGUUUUCUUUUGAACUUUUCAUCUAACUUUUCCCAACUUCCAACUUCUUUAUCUUUCAGAAAUUUCCAUUUUCGUACUAUUCAUUUUUGUUGUCCGUUUCACUGUCGUCUCAUCUAAUGAGAAUUUUUCAGCUAAAUUUUCACUUUGAUGAAUAUGUGUUUGUGAAGAAUCAUUUUUGUACACUUUAUUUUUAAUUGUUUUUGUAUGUUUCAGUAUUACAUAGUCUCUUUCAUUAAAAUGCUUUGGGAAACAAAUA